UCAGCCUGGCCCCAUGUGCAUUGUUUCAGGUGUCCACUGUGACAGCGUGUGUGCUGAGGGACGCUGGGGCCCCAACUGCUCCCUGCCCUGCUACUGUAAAAAUGGGGCUUCAUGCUCCCCCGAUGACGGCAUCUGUGAGUGUGCACCGGGAUUCCGAGGCACCACUUGUCAGAGAAUCUGCUCCCCUGGUUUUUAUGGGCACCGCUGCAGCCAGACUUGCCCACAGUGUGUUCACAGCAGUGGACCCUGCCACCAUGUCACGGGCCUUUGCGACUGCUUGCCUGGCUUCACAGGCGCCCUCUGCAAUGAAGUGUGUCCCAGUGGCAGAUUUGGGAAAAAUUGUGCAGGAAUUUGUACCUGCACCAACAAUGGAACCUGUAACCCCAUUGACAGAUCCUGUCAGUGUUACCCGGGUUGGAUUGGCAGUGACUGCUCUCAACCAUGUCCACCUGCCCACUGGGGCCCGAACUGCAUCCACACGUGCAACUGCCACAACGGGGCCUUCUGCAGUGCCUAUGAUGGGGAAUGUAAAUGCACUCCUGGCUGGACGGGGCUCUACUGCACUCAGAGAUGUCCCCUGGGGUUUUAUGGAAAGGACUGCGCAUUGAUUUGCCAGUGUCAGAAUGGAGCGGACUGUGACCACAUCUCUGGGCAGUGCACCUGCCGCACCGGAUUCAUGGGGAGGCACUGUGAACAGAAGUGCCCCGCAGGAACAUAUGGCUAUGGCUGCCGCCAGCUAUGUGACUGUCUGAACAACUCCACCUGCGACCACAUCACUGGGACCUGUUACUGUAGCCCAGGAUGGAAGGGGGCACGAUGUGAUCAAGCUGGUGUUAUAAUAGUUGGAAAUCUGAACAGCUUAAGCCGAACCAGUACUGCUCUCCCUGCUGAUUCCUACCAGAUCGGGGCCAUUGCAGGCAUCAUCAUUCUUGUCCUAGUUGUCCUCUUCCUACUGGUGUUGUUCAUUAUUUAUAGACACAAGCAGAAGGGGAAGGAAUCAAGCAUGCCUGCAGUUACCUACACCCCUGCUAUGAGGGUCAUCAGUGCAGAUUAUACCAUUUCAGAAACCCUCCCUCACAGCAGUGGUGCAAAUGCUAACAGCCAUUACUUCACCAAUCCCAGUUACCACACACUCACCCAGUGUGCCACAUCCCCUCACAUCAACAACAGGGACAGGAUGCCCAUCGCCAAGUCAAAAAACAAUCAGCUGUUUGUGAAUCUUAAAAAUGUGAAUCCUGGGAAGAGAGGCCCAGUAGUGGACUGCACAGGGACGCUGCCAGCAGACUGGAAACACGGUGGCUACCUCAACGAGCUUGGUGCUUUUGGACUUGACAGAAGCUAUAUGGGAAAAUCCUUAAAAGACCUGACAAAGAAUUCUGAGUAUAAUUCAAGCAACUGCUCCCUAAGCAGUUCUGAAAACCCAUAUGCCACUAUUAAAGACCCACCUGUACUUAUCCCUAAAAACUCAGAGUGUGGCUACGUGGAGAUGAAGUCACCAGCACGAAGAGAUUCCCCAUAUGCAGAGAUCAAUAACUCAGCUUCAGCCAACAAGAAUGUCUAUGAAGUCGAACCUACAGUGAGUGUUGUCCAAGGAAUAUUCAGCAAUAAUGGGCAUCUCACCCAGGAUCCAUACGACCUCCCAAAGAACAGUCACAUCCCUUGCCAUUACGACCUGCUGCCCGUCCGAGACAGUUCAUCGUCCCCCAAGCGAGAGGAUGGGGGCGGCAGCAGCAGCAGCAGCAGCAGCAGUAGCAGUGAAUGACACCAAAGGAACACUGGGUAGCCACUGGAACCUUUCCAAAACUGCACUUCAGUUCUUCUCCAUCCUCAAGUUUGCCUCCUUGUCUGAAUGUUAUCAACAUGGCAGGCAACUGUUGGACAUGAAUCAGAAACUCAAAGCUGAGGCUGACACUGACUGUAGGUGCUUUCGUACAGGUGGCUUGGAAGGAGAUAGCAACGUGAUUUCCCGUUGCUGUUAGUUUUAAAACUGCAUCCAUGAAGCAUGACUUAUUGUGAAAUCAUGGCUAAAAAGCGUGAACUUGUAGAACUCCUUCAGGACAUGGGUUGCUCUGGACAUUGGUAUCAUGGCUCGAAAAGUUAAAAUUUAAAUAUUUUCUUCCUCAUUUACAUCAUAGAGCUGUACCUAGGAUUGUGCAGUUUACCAUGAAAUUUACUUCAUAAAAGUACUAAACAUGUAGAAGGGGAAUAUUAUUGAGUCCUUAUUGCUUAAUUUUUUUCAGCUGGACUCAGAAUUGUAGAGAUAAUAUGAAUGCAGGCGGAAACACUCUUUCAGGUGGUAUGACUGGAUAGACUUUGAAUAAACUCUAGAAGUGGGUAGCAAAUUUAAAUAUGAAAACUUUAGCUUUUUUAGAAUGAGGAAAUGUACAAUUAGAAUUAUUUUAGAAGUAGUAGGAAUAUCGCAGAAGUCAGUACACAAAUGUGCCAGGCAGAGGUGGUUUCACUCCCUGUUUGACCCUUGGCCCACUUUAGAUUCAUGACAUUGUGAUCACUGUCCCCAUCAUACACAUUCACCACUUGAGAUUCAUAACAUAUCUAUAAUUAUUUCAUAAAUAUAAAAAUGAAAUAAUUUUAUUUUUGACAGACUGGAUUGAAUGAGUGUGUAAUGAUUGAUAAAGGUUGUAAAUUUUAGGUGUAAGAAGAUGCUUAAAUUUUGUAAACCAUUAGUAUUACGUGCUGUAAUAUAGAAUUAGCAGAAAGUUUUGAUUAAUUUUUUCCAAGGAAUGACCGAGAUAUUUUUGUGCAUAUUUGGGAAAAGGGCACUUUCCUUUUAUUAAUUGUUGAUUUACAGAAACUGUGCUUAAGCUGGUCUUUUGCAUUGCUAAUAUGACAUGUAUCCCCAUUUUUCAUUCAUUUGUAUUUCCAUUUUUAAGUUGUAUAUUCUAUGUUUUGUAGUGUUUGGAUUGUUAAUGAAAAAAUAUUAUAUUAUAUGUUCAUUGUUUCUUGAA